AGCCACAAUCUCUUAUUAAAGGAACCAGUUGCCAGUUCUGCUCCAGCAGAAGAAAAUAAGGUUUUCCCAAUGGACUCUCUAGCCAAAUCAAUCAACCAAUUUGCCCUGGACUUCAGCAAAAAGCUGGCUGAAUCGGCUGAGGGCAAAAAUAUUUUCUUUUCUCCCUGGGGCAUCUCGACCUCAUUGGCUAUGGUGUAUUUGGGCACCGGAGGUACCACGGCCUCCCAGAUGGCCCAGGUGCUUCAGUUUGGCAGAGACCAGGACAUCAAAUCUUCUCCUGAAACUGAGAAGAAAAGAAAGACGGAAUUCGGUUUGGGCAAGGUUGAAGAAAUACGCUCUCACUUCCAGACACUUAUCUCAGAAAUCAGCAAUCCCAGCAAGGCUUACGUACUUAAAACAGCCAACAGGAUAUAUGGAGAGAAAACCUACCCAUUUUACAGUAAAUAUUUAGAAGACAUGAAAACACACUUUGGUGCAGAACCGCAGUCUGUUAACUUUGUGGAAGCUUCUGGACAAAUCCGAAAGGAGAUCAACUCUUGGGUUGAAAGUCAGACAGAGGGAAAAAUCCAAAAUCUCCUACCUGAUGAUGCUGUGGAUUCUGCAACGAGAAUGGUUCUGGUCAACGCCCUUUACUUUAAAGGAAUCUGGGAACAUCAGUUUUUAGUCCAAAACACCACAGAAAAGCCUUUCAGAAUAAACAAGAGUACAAGCAAACCAGUGCUAAUGAUGUCCAUGAACGAAAAACUCCAAGUUUUUCACAUUGAAAAGCCACAAGCCAUGGGCCUUCAACUCUACUAUGAGAGCCGUGACCUCAGCCUGCUCAUACUGCUGCCAGAAGAUAUCGAUGGGCUGGAUCAGCUGGAAAAGGCCAUCACCUAUGAGAAGCUGAGUGAGUGGACCAGCGCAGACAUGAUGGAAUUAUAUCAGGUGCAGGUGCAGCUCCCCAAGUUCAGGCUGGAAGAGACUUACGAUCUCAAGUCAACCCUGAGCAAUAUGGGGAUGAGCGAUGCCUUUAACCAGAGCAGAGCUGAUUUCUCAGGAAUGUCUAUGGAGAGAAACUUAUUUCUGUCCAAUGUUUUCCACAAGUCUUUUGUAGAAAUAAAUGAACAAGGUACAGAGGCUGCAGCUGGUACUGGGAGUGAGGUGAGCCUUCGAACUCGACUCCCCUCCAUUGAAUUUGAUGCAAACCACCCGUUCCUCUUCUUCAUCAGGCACAACAAAACUGGUAACAUUCUCUUUUACGGGAGAUUCUGCUCCCCCUAG